CGGGAGUGCAAUUGUUUCUUUCUAGAAGCUGCAGAACCGUCAGCACUCUAUCACCAUCAAGUGCCGAGCAGGCGGGCGGGGGCCGCACUGGAGUCGAGAUACUUGUCUGGACAGUCUUUCCUCGAGCUUUGUCUCCGCUCGCCCCUCUCUCCAGCCAAGGGCCUGCGUGGUGGAGGCGACAUGUCGUGAUGGCGCCCGCCGUUGCCGCCUCUACCCAUUUGGCCUCGGUCCGUCACUGCCUACCGCCCGUCUUGCAGAGCUCGCUAUAAGAGGUAGGUUUGUCGUUUCACGCCUUCACCUCUCUCCCCUUCUGCCUCCCAUCCUGACCUACACACACGCACGUGCAUACACAUACACACAUUCUCUCCCUCCCUUCCCAUCUUCGCCUCCUAGCCCGCCUUCCAAUUUUGGAUUACCGCCAGUAUGGUUGCCAACAAGACCCUCGUCUUCAAGAAGGUCCCUGAGGGGUACCCUGUUCCUGGAGAGCAUGUUGCUGUUGAGGACCGUCCCAUCGACCUCGAGACGGCUCAGCCUGAAGGCGGCCUGCUUGUCGAGGUCCUCUACGCCAGCUUCGAUCCAUACCUGCGUGGUAAGAUGCGCCCGGCCGGCACAAAGUCGUACUCGCCCGCCUUUGAGAUUGACGCUCCCAUCACAAACGGCACCGUCGCCCGCGUCCUCCGCUCUGGCACCGACGCCUUCAAGCAGGGAGACAUUGUCACCGCCUACCUGCCCAUUGCUCAGUAUGCAACCGUCAGUGCCGAUGCACUCGCCGGUGUCCGUCCCGUCCACAACCCCCACAACCUCGACCUUUCCCUCUUCACUGGGCCUCUCGGCAUGCCCGGCCUCACCGCCUACUCGGCCCUCCACCGCAUCGGCAAGCCUAAGGCUGGAGAGACUGUCUUUGUCAGCUCCGCUGCCGGCGCUGUUGGCCAGGUCGUCGGCCAGGUCGCCAAGCACCUCGGUCUACGAGUGAUUGGAUCCGUCGGGUCUGACGACAAGCUCGACUUUAUCCUCAACGAUCUCGGCUUUGAUGCCGGCUUCAACUACAAGAAAGAAUCGCCCACCGAGGCCCUGCCUCGGCUCGCAGGCGAAAAGGGCAUCGAUAUCUAUUUCGAGAACGUCGGCGGCGAGCAUCUGGAGGCCGCUCUCGCCUCGAUGAACACCGGCGGCCGCAUCCCCGUUUGCGGUAUGAUCUCGGGCUACAACACACCCGCCGAGGAGCGCUACGGUGUAAAGAACCUCUUCCUCCUCACCGUGAAGCUCAUCACCAUGCAGGGGUUCCUCGUUGGCCAGCCAGAUUUCGGUCCCGCCUAUUACAAGGAGCACCAGGAGACUCUCCAGGCCUGGAUCGCCGACGGCUCCUUCAAGCCCAAGAUGCACGUCACUGACGGCAUUGACAACGCAGCCGAGGGCCUCGUUGGCAUCUUCAAGGGUGAGAACUUUGGAAAGGCUGUUGUGAAGAUUGCUCAGUAGACAAGACUCUAGAGAUACCCAAAAUCGAGAAAGAAAGAUUUCAAGCCACAAUACU